AUGGGGACCCUCAGCUGCGACCCCACUCCGCGGCAGACCCCAGCGCCCCUGGGUCGGCGGUGCACAGAGUGCCAGAUCCCAGAGACCGGCCUGAGGAAGACCUGCAGGAUGGCCACCUUGGAGAACGGGUCCGGGCCAGGCUUGUACGCCCUGCCGUCCACUGUCGGCUACAUCAACCACGACUGCACCAGGGUGGCCAGUCCUGCCUACUCCCUCCUCCGGAGGCCCAGCCAGGCUUCUCCACAGGACUCCAGCCCUGGGCCAGUCUACUUCCUGGACCCAAAAGUCACCCGGUUUGGCCGAAGCUGCGCUCCUGCCUACUCCAUGCAGGGCAGGGGCAAAUCUCGAGGUCUGGAGGUGACACCCGGCCCUGGGGCCUACAGCCCGGAGAAGGUGGCCCCCGUGCGCCAGCGGACCCCCCCGGCUUUCACCCUGGGCUCCCGCCUGCGUCCACCGCCCCUGGACACCUCAGCCCCCGCCCCCAAUGCCUACACUCUGCCGUCUCUCUGGGGUGCCCAGAUCUUCAUCAAGCCCAGUAGCCCCAGCUACACAGUGGUGGGCCGCACACCUCCUAUCCGCCCCCCACAGGACCCCACUGAGAUACCAGGCCCAGGCCAGUAUGAGAGCUCAGACCCCAAUGCCUACCGUCAGCGCCCGCCUGCCUUCACCAUGCUGGGGCGGCCCCGGGCCCCACAUCCCCUAGAUGAGACUCCUGGCCCUGGCACCCACAGCCCCGAGCGGGUCACGGUGACCAAAGCCAGAGCCCCGGCAUUCACCAUGGGCAUCCGACACUCCAAACGGGCCACCACCAUGGCCCCGGACACACCAGCACCCUUCCGCCUUUGGGGGACAGAAUGCAGGCAUGCCAGGCGCCUUCAGGGAGAUUUCCUACCCCCUGAAGCCACCUACGUCCUCUAA